AUGGGCCGGUUUUUCUCCAUAGAUUUUGGGCUUAGCUUCACGCAGACCAUCCACGAAAAGCCAACACCAUCAAUGCAUCCAGAAAAUGUCCAGCUUCCAUGUGGUUACACUGUAGUAACUACGGGUGCGGGCACAGGAAUCGGUGCACAGAGUGCACGUGCGUAUGUACAAGCACGGGCAACGGAUAUCAUUGUCAUGUCUCGAACGCCGUCAGAUCUCGAGAAGCUCAAAGCGGAACUCGACGGGCCAACGACCAAGAAUCCGGAUUUACAUGUUCGAGCCUUUCCCGGAGAUGCGUCGAAGUCGGAAACGUACAUCAGACCGAAGUCAACGAUGCAGGAAGAGUUCAAUGGGCGAUUGGACUGUCUUGUCAACAAUGCUGGCUCGAUUGGAGGGCUUGAAGGAUUCACAGGAAAGCUUCAUCAACUUGAUCCGAAUGAGCAUGCCAAUCUCAUUGAUCUCAACUAUCUGGAUCCGCGCUAUGCUAUCCACCAGCUACUACCUCUUCUACUAGGCCCUCGGAAUAGUAGGAGACAGAUUAUUAAUAUCACGUCCAUAGGGGUUCUAUGUCACAGCGGUUAUUAUUGCAUACGGAAUAAGCAAGCUAGCCCUCAACCGCUCUACUCAACAUGUGGAUGA